CUCUCACACUGUACACAAGUCUUUCUAAAAUGGAGUAUUAUACUUUCAUUCCAUCUUCACUGCUAACUCCUCCCAGUCUAAUUACUCUCAUUACCAUCAUCUUCCUCUUCGUCUUCCGUUCUUGGUUUCGGUUCAACUCAUCAAGAAAACUUCAACUCCCACCAGGAACACUAGGCUUACCAUUCAUAGGAGAGAGCCUACAGAUCAUAUCAGCUUACAAGACUGAAAACCCCGAACCGUUCAUCGACGAACGUGUCAAGCGAUACGGUAACGUGUUCACGACGCAUUUGUUCGGAAAACCGACGGUUUUCUCAACCGAUCCUGACGUGAAUCGGUUUAUACUUCAAAACGAAGGGAGAUUGUUUGAAAGCAGUUAUCCUUCUUCUAUCACGAACUUGCUGGGAAAACAUUCGUUGUUGAUCAUAAAAGGAAAUCUUCACAAGAAAUUGCAUUCGCUUACUAUGAGUUUCGCAAACUCGAGUAUCAUUCGCGAUCAUUUGCUUGUUGACGUUAACCGACUCGUUAAACUCAAUUUGAACUCUUGGAAUGAUCAUGUUUUACUACAAGAUGAAGCUAAGAAGAUAACAUUUGAACUGACAGUGAAGCAGCUGAUGAGUAUUGAUCCAGGGGAAUAUUCAGAAAACUUGAGAAAAGAAUAUGUACUUCUCAUUGAGGGGUUCUUUUCUGUUCCUAUUCCCUUUUUCUUCACCACUUAUGGCAGAGCCAUCAAAGCCAGAAGGAAAGUAGCGGAGUCACUUCUAUCGGUGGUUAGGGACAGAAGGAAAGAAAAUAUUGCCAGUAGUAAUGGUGGUGGUGGUAAGAAGAAUAAAGACAUGCUAGAAGCUUUGUUGGAGGAAGAAUGUGGGUUAAGUGAUGAGGAGAUUGUGGAUUUCAUGCUUGCUUUGUUAGUAGCUGGUUACGAAACUACUUCCACCAUUAUGACUCUUGUUGUCAAGUUUCUCACCGAGACUCCUCUUGCUUUGGCUCAACUCAAGGAGGAGCACGAAAAGAUUGCAGCAGAAAAGGGUUACUCGGGCUCCCUGCAAUGGAGCGACUACAAAUCUCUUCCUUUUACCCAAUGUGUGAUAAAUGAGACGCUGCGGGUUGCUAACAUUAUAAGCGGCGUGUUUAGGAAAACAACGGCCGAUGUCACUAUUAAAGGUUUUACGAUCCCGAAGGGUUGGACAGUUUUCGUGUCGUUCAGGGCUGUGCAUUUGCACCAAGACAACUAUAAAGAAUCUCGUUCGUUCAAUCCUUGGAGAUGGCAGCAGAGCGAUUUGGCAUCAAUGUCUAGUAUUGGGAACGGUAACUCAUUCACGCCAUUUGGAGGAGGUCCGCGGCUAUGUCCGGGAUACGAGCUUUCGAGAGUUGAAAUUUGUGUUUUCAUCCACCAUUUCGUUACUCAUUUCAGCUGGGCUCCGGCCGAAGAUGACAAGCUCAUAUUUUUCCCCACCACAAGAACUGUCAAGCGGUAUCCUAUAAACCUCCAAAGGAGAAAAUGUCGAAUUGAAUGAGAUAAAAUAUGUGUUAUUAAUUAUCUAGUGAUCCCUAUUACCCAAAAGAAAUUUGAUAGAAAAUUACAAGUGACAGAACUGUUGGAAGGGUGAAGAUGUUGUAAUUUUGUAUUAGCUAUAUAAGUUUCAAUUAAAAAAAAAAAUAAAUUACCCCAUGCCGAAUUCUUGACAUGUGAAUAUGUCGCUAAAAACUUCAUCCAGACCGAUAUUUCCACUUAGUUAAGGAGGAUCCAGAGGGAUAACAAGUUAUCAGGAAACUAUUGAAGAAGUUGUUUUUUGAUUUCUAAGAACAAGAAAGUCUGA